CUUAAUAAAUAGAUGGAAGGCUAAUUAACAUUGCUGUAUAGGCCGGAGCUUUACAAAAUGUCGAUGAGUUUUCUCGAUUUCCAGUUUGGGGUUUCACGAAAGUCGUCACUAAAACCAACCCAGUCGAGCAACUCCACGUCACGGUCUUUCCAGCCAAGCAUGGAGGAGAUGAGAUGGGUGUUCGAUAAAUUUGACGCCAACAAAGAUGGGAAGAUCUCCCGCGAGGAGUACAAGUUAGCACAAAGGGCACUGAAUAAAGGAAUCCCGGAAACGGAGUUGGUCAAGUUAUUUCAGACCAUUGAUUCUGAUGGAGAUGGGUUCAUUGAUUUCAAAGAGUUCAUGGAAAUGUUUAACGUGGGUGGCAGGGUAAAAGCGACUGAGAUUCAGAGUGCUUUCCGAGCGUUUGAUUUGAACGGCGAUGGUAAAAUAAGCGCGGAGGAACUUUCGCAGGUUCUGAAAAAGCUAGGAGAAGGUUGCAGCCUCAAGGCUUGCCGGAAAAUCGUGAAAGCGGUGGACACGAACGGGGAUGGUUUUAUUGAUAUUAAUGAAUUUAUGAGCAUGAUGGCAAGCGGCAAGAAACUGCCAUGA